UCUCAUGGGAGCAUCUGGAGCCUCCCAGUUCCCAGCUAACCCAAACGGCGAUCACCGUCACCAUGCCCAAGCAAAACCCAGUGGCCGUAGGGAUCGACCUCGGGACCACCUACUCCUGCGUGGCUGUCUGCCAGCACGGCAAAGUGGAGAUCAUCGCCAAUGACCAGGGGCACCGGACAAUGCCCAGCUAUGUGGCCUUCACCCAGACCGAGCACCUGGUGGGGGAUCCAGCCAAAAGCCAGGCCUCUCUCAACCCCCGGAACACCGUCUUCGACGCCAAGCGCUUGCUUGGCAGGCAAUAUGAAGACGCCACCGUGCAAGAGGACGUGAAGCACUGGCCUUUCACGGUGCUCAACCAGGAGGGGAAGCUGAAGGUGCAGGUCUCCCACAAAGGCAAGCAACGGACCUUCUAUCCCAAAGAGAUCUCGGCCAUGGUGUUGGCCAAGAUGAAGCAGACGGCCGAGUCCUACCUAGGCUGUUCAGUCUCCCAAGCUGUCGUCACGGUGCCGGCCUACUUCAACGAUGCCCAGCGCCAAGCCACCAUAGACGCCGGGGCCAUCGCCAGCCUCCAGAUCCUGAAGAUCCUCAACGAGCCAACAGCAGCGGCCAUCGCCUACGGCCUGAACACAAAGAGCCUGGAGGAGAGGAGUCGCAACAUCCUCAUUUUUGACCUGGGUGGGGGCACUUUUGAUGUCUCCAUUCUCUCCGCCGAGGACGGCAUCUUUGAAGUGAAGGCCACCGCAGGGGAUACCCACUUGGGCGGGGAGGACUUUGACAAGAGGCUGGUGGAUUAUCUGGCUGAAGAGUUCAAGAAGAAGUACAAGGAGGACAUUUUCCAGGACAAGAAGGCCAUGCAGAGGCUGAAGAUGGCUUGCGAGCACGCCAAAUGCACGUUGAGCUCUUGCUCCAGCGCGAGUGUUGCCAUCGACUCCCUCCACCAAGGGGUGGACUUCCAUAACACCAUCACCAGAGCACGUUUUGAGGACUUGUGCUCUGACCUCUUCCGGGCCACUCUGAAACCCCUGGAGAGGGCCCUGAAAGAUGCCAAGAUGAAAAAGAGUGAAAUCAAGGACAUCGUGUUGAUUGGCGGCUCGACUCGAAUCCCUAAGAUCCAGAAGCUCCUGAAGGACUAUUUCCAUGGCAAGGAUUUGUGUAAGGGCAUCAACCCCGAUGAGGCAGUGGCCUACGGAGCGGCCAUCCAGGCCGCCAUCUUGACGGGCAACCAGACUCCAAACCUGCAGAACAUGUUUCUUCUCGACGUCACCCCGCUGUCGUUGGGCAUCAACACUCAAGGAGGUGUCAUGGCAACUAUCAUAAAGCGCAACUCGCCUCUCCCUACCAAGGAAACCAUGGAGUUCACCACCACAGAAGACGACCAAGACACCAUCUUGUUCAUGGUGUACGAAGGGGAGAGAACGCUGACCAAACACAACCACCUCCUGGGCACGUUCACCUUGAAAGGAAUUCCUCCUGCCCCUUGUGGCGUUCCGGUCGUCACCGUUACCUUUUCCAUCGAUGAAAACAAUAUCCUGACUGUGUCAGCCAAGGACAUGGAAACUGGGAACACCAGCCACCUCACCAUCUCGGACACCAGGGGCCGGCUAGGCCGAGAAGAGAUCGAAGGGAUCGUGCAGAAGGCGGAGGAAUUCCGAGCACACGACAUGUCCCAGCAGGAGAAGAUCGAAGCCAUCAAUUCCUUGGAGUCUUGCACGCUUGAGCUAAAGAGAGCUGCUGAAGAAGAAGUCCUAGAUGUGGCAGCCAAAAGGAGGAUGCUGGAACUGUGCGAGAACACCACCUCCUGGCUGGAGGGCAACCCCUUGGUGGAGAAGGAAGAGUGUGAGCAGAGGCAGAGAGACCUGGAGGAGACCUGGGAGUCGAUCUGUAAUGCUCUUGUCCCCAACGAGCGGGCAGCGGAAGAGAUGCCAGGGCAAGAGCAGGCAGAGGCUGGCAAGGAAGACCCCUCGGAGGAAAUGGAAUGA